CUUGCAACAGAAACGUUGUAUCAUAUUCACUAUCAACAAUGUCCGCCUCGUCCGCAACCCCAACGUCCCUACCGCUCAAGGAGACGCUCGACGCUCUUCUAAGCGUGUCUUCAACCUCAACCGAGCUUCGGUCUCAAAUCCGUGAUGUGGUUCAAGCCAGCCCAGAUAUUCCCAUUCUUGUGGCACUGGACGACGAUCCAACUGGUACACAAACCUGCCACGAUAUUCAAGUGCUCACAACCUGGACCGUUCCUGCCUUGGCUGCGGAGUUCGAAGCCACAGCGCCUGGCAGCGGGUUCUUCAUCCUUACCAAUUCGCGUGCACUACACCCGCCUGCCGCACGAGAGCUCACCAUAGAGAUAUGUCAGAACCUGCAGGAAGCUGCAACUCAGGCAGGCAAGAGAUUCGAAGUAGUACUGCGUGGUGACUCGACGUUAAGAGGGCACUUCCCAGUUGAGCCUGAGGCGGUGGAGGAAGCUCUUGGAGCAAGCGACGCAUGGAUUCUUGCGCCAUUCUUCCUUCAGGGUGGACGAUACACGAUCGAUGAUGUCCACUAUGUUGCUGAAGGCGACACGCUGGUACCCGCGGCAGAUACUCCGUUUGCCAAGGACGCGACAUUCGGAUUCAAGAGUAGUCAUAUGGCAGAUUGGGUUGUUGAAAAGAGCAAAGGGGCAAUCUCGAGGGAUCGUGUGCGUGGGAUCAGCAUUGUAGAUAUACGACAACGUGGACCUGACAAAGUCAACGAGAUCCUGCAAAGUGCACCAAAAGGAACGGUGUUCAUUAUCAAUGCAGCUGCAGAAGAGGACAUGGACGUCGUAGUUCUUGGAAUCUUGAAGGCCUCCGCACAGGGGAAGAAAUUCCUCUUCCGUUCUGCGGCAGCUUUUGUCUCGGCUCGUUUGGGCAUCUCUCCCAUUCCUCCCAUCACCGCACGAAAGCUUCAACUUAGUUCCGCUACCGGCGGGCUGAUCAUCGCUGGCUCGUACGUACCAAAAACUACGACUCAACUGAAGGCUUUAAUCGAGAUAGCGGGCGACAAAUUGACCACGGUGGAGCUGGAUGUCAACAAGCUUCUAGAGAGCGAUGCCUCGCGCGGACAGGAGCUCGACCACGCUCUAGAGGUCGCCACAAACGCAUUACAUCAGCCAAUGGACGUUCUGAUCAUGACCUCACGUGAUCUCAUCACAGGUGCAGACGAGCGUUCUUCGCUAGACAUCGGAUCUGUAGUCGCAGCCGCUCUUGUUACCUUCCUGGAGCGACUGGAUGUCAAGCCGAGAUAUCUGAUCGCGAAAGGUGGCAUCACUAGCAGCGACAUGGCGACAAAAGGUCUGAAGAUGAAGAAAGCUACUAUUGUAGGACAAGCUGCACCUGGCGUACCACUCUGGCGAUGCGACGAGCGUACUAGUAAAUGGCCAGGCUUGCCGUAUGUUGUGUUUCCUGGCAACGUAGGAGGAGAGUACACUCUGGCAGAGGUGGCAGAGAAAUGGAGGCCAAUGAUACCGGUCAAUCGCUGUUAAUUGUGCAGCGUGGCGGUGCAUACGUUGUAGAGAUUGUCAAAACUUGCUUGGAGUUUUUCUGGCCUCCAAAAUCAAGCAAUAUGACUGCAUUGAUAGCAGUCCAGGCUGGUGGGGUAAAUACGCAACGUGGCC